ACGAUUAAACUAAGCCUAUUGUAGAUCCGGGCUAAUACAGUGUCCAUUAGUGUGAGAAAGAACAUAUCAGAGUGUCUCACUCACACUAGUGGACACUGUUACACUUGGUUUGUUCUUUCUAGCUGCACUGUUGCACCGGUGCAAUAAGUUAAAGUAAGACAAGUAUAUUUUUUCUCAUUCUAACUUAUUGCACCAGUGCAACAGUGCAGCUAGAAAGAACAGACCAACUGUGCUUGCUGGAAAGUAUACAUCUUUGGAUCCUGACUAGCAAUAUAAUAGUAUUACAUAUAUAUGUAAAAUAGUGUUACCUUUUUAGUGUAGGAUUGGUGUAGGAUUAUCACGAUGGAUAUUAAACAGAAAAUUAUACACAAGUUCAACGAACAAUUGGGAUCAAAUUUAAAAAAUCUUGAAGGAAUGUACAAUUUUCAAGAUUGUCUCAAAACUGAAAAGGAUGAGAUUGAAAAAUCACUAUCAAUGGCAUCGACUACUACUCCUUCCAAAGUAAAAAUGGUGAUAGAAAAUGCAGAAUAUGUCAAUUGCGAGGUUGAACAAUUGCAAGGAAUUUGUUUGGCUCUGAGCAACAGAAUCGAAAAGACGUUUGAUAAAAACGACAAGAAUUUAGAGUUACAAGAUGUUAUCAACAAGAUAGGUCAGCUGGACAAAUCAUUAUUCUAUAUAUACUUUGUAAGAUAUAUAGAAAAUAUGAGUGACGAAAUAGAAACAUCCCUAUUAUUUGGCGACGAUCGAUCUAUGAUAACGCUAUACAUGAGCUUGACAAACAUCAGUUAUCAGCUGCAGACGUCCGUGUGUCAUCAUCUGGUCAAUUAUGUUCAUGAAACUAUGCAUUUUUGGCACAAUCUGAUCAAAGAAAGGUUAUCUAAGGAAUACAAUGAUUUAUUGAAAACAUUGAAAUGGCCCUUUUGCGGAACCAACGCCACUUUAUUGAGCACACCUUUGCCAGAGAUAAUGACGAGAUUCAAGACACUCGUCGAAUAUCUUUUUCAUUUGCAGUUACCAGAAAAAAUGAUAAAACCUGUAGUAACGUCUGCAUUGUUGACAGACUUUGCUCCAGUUAGUUUGCCGAUCGCUCUUUUAGUAAGACCUCUUCGGCAAAGAUUUAUUUAUCAUUUUACAGGAGCCAAAUUAACAAACCGUCAAGACAAGCCAGAGUGGUUUUUUACUCAGAUAUUAACGUGGAUUAAAGAUCACGUUCAAUGGAUUCAAAAGAACAUUCAACCAAUAGUGAAUUCUAUAGGUUUCGAACACUUGGAUAUAAAGGUCGAAUUUAUGCGCGCUUUAGUUGAGUUAGCUGUUGAAAAGCUUUAUUCCGAAUUGUCCAUAGUGCAAUAUGAUGAUACUCUGCUUGCACAUUUAGUAGAUGAAGCUUUGGGAUUUGAGAGAGAGCUACGAGAAACUUUGUUGUAUCCUCAAACUCAGCCCGCUACUAUUUUUGUUCUCACACAAGCCCACAUUUUUGUAAAAUGGAUAAACAUGGAGAAAAAAUACGCGACUGAAAAAAUGGAUGCAAUAUUAAGCUCAAAUACAGCAUGGGAAAGACUAAUGGGUCCUGAUAUAGAUGACAUGAAAGUCACUGAGUGUGCGGACGCCUUUCUUACGCUUCUCAUUACAAUUUCUGAUAGAUAUAAAUAUUUGCCUCAGCCUGGACAUAGGUUACAAUUUCUCGAGUUACAAUUGGAAUUGGUUGACGAUUGGCGAGUACGAUUGCUACAAUUGUUACAUGAAAAUUAUGAAGAUCCGUUAACAUCGCUCAUGCCGUAUAUUCUCAACACGUUACAUUAUGUCGCGAGUGUUUUGGAGGAAUGGGGCACGACUGUUCAUUUUUUACAGCUACAUUUCUUUAAGAAACAAUUCAAAGCUAUAGAAAAUGCUACUGAUAAAGGCAAUGACGUUAGCGAGAAUAUUGGAGAAAUAGAAGGAACCGUAUUUGAUGAAGCUGUGGUCCUCCUGCAACGAUUAGAGAAAGAGCUGAUAAACGAGAUCAGCGAUUCAGUGGCUCUAGAUAUAAAGGCAAAGAGUAGAGCUUACAGGACGGAUAAAUGGUUUGCGAUGCAGCCUUCGAAAGAAGUCUCUUCAUUAUCGGUAACACCAAGCGGUUGUUCCAUGUUCCAAGAACUAGCCAUGCGUCUUCACAUGUUGCAUAAUGUUCUAGCCUUACCAUUGUUUAAUCAAGCUUGGAAGAGUUUGGCUGCUCAGUUAGAUCAAUUUCUUUUCGAGGAAGUUGUAUUAGUGAAUCAUUUUAAUAGAGGCGGCGCCGAGCAAUUACAGUAUGAUAUUUUGAGGAACUUAUUUCCAUUAUUUAGUCUGUACAUCAACAAACCGGAGUCGUACUUUCCUUUGGCCUAAGAAUCAAGUGUCUUCACCGCCUACAGUGCUCAGCCUUUACUCGCGUAGCAGUCACUAGAACAAACGUUCCAUUGCGAGAUUACACCAAGAAGAAUAAUGUGCUGUAGUGCGCUUUUCUGGGCAGAAGGAAUGACGAUUGAAAAUUCGCCGUCGAAUCGAAUAUUGGCUCAGUGUAUAUAGACAUAGCAUGAAUCAACAAAAGUUGUGUCUGCUUAUGAAUGAAUAGAAAGAUUUAAACCAGGAAGAACAAAUGUAACCAAUAAAGAUUAUUUUUGGUCACCCAUCAACAUUAUGCAUGCAAUAUCACAUUGACAGGACAGAUGUCUUGAUUAGAGAAGACUGAUAAAUAACAAUGUUUUUAGUUCACUGGAAGGAAUUGAAGAAAGCGCUGCGCAGUCGUAGGUUUAUUUCUGAUAAUGAAACAGUGCACACUUGGCUUUGGGAGUUGAAAAAGUUCUUUUCUGCAGAGAUACAGAAGUUGAUUGAACGGUACAACAAAUGCAUCAUCUAUUCAUGGAGACUGUGAACAUGUUCAAUUGCUUACAGUUACUUCUAUUAAAUUCAUUAAAUGUAUUUUGUCUUUAGUUUUCGAUUCUUCCUCGUGUAUAUUGCAGCAAUAUUACAAUGUAAUAUGUAUUUAAUAAUGUAUAAUAUUUUGUAAUAUCAUGAUAA